AUGCCCAAGCUGCGCCGAUCCGGUAGCAGCAACUCGCUGGCGUCGCUGACUUCCCGCGGCUCGCAAAAGAUUCACGUGCCUGCCGUCAAGGGCAGCGAUUUCCUCGAACCUGCUGAGAUGCAAGAGCGAGGCACCUUUCACAUCGCCCCGCUUGACACGGCUCGCUUCAAACGCAUCAGCCAAAACGUUCAGCCCCAUAGCGCUGUGCCCGAAGCCGUCCGCAACAAACGCUUCAACCGACACAUGGACGUCCUACCCCACCCCGAAACCCGCGUCCAGUUGCCUACCAUCGGCAAUGACCCCGCCUCCGCCUACAUCAACGCCAACUACGUCCAUGGCCCCUCGGGCAGCGACCGCGAAUACAUUUGCGCCAUGGGCCCCCUCCCAGCUACUCUCAAAAAUUGGUGGCGCAUGAUUUGGCAAGAAAAAGUCACCUGCAUCCUCAUGGCCACUGGGCUCGUCGAGAAGGGCACCAAAAAGUGCGAGCGCUACUGGGCCCCCAAACCCGGCCAAAAGGUCAAGGUUGCUGAUAUGUUUGUGCGCACCCUCGCCACCAGCCAGGGCGACGGCUAUGUGCGCACCCUCUUGGAGAUUGAACACACCAGUGGCGAGUCUCGAAAAGUCAUGCAUUUUUGGUACAACACCUGGCCCGAUCACGGUGUGCCCCGAACCCCCGACGGCAAACCAGAUGCAAGCAACCUCCUCUACAUGAUCCGCGACAGCAAGCGUUCCGAAAAAGAACUCAACCAAGGCGGCCCCGUCCUCACCCAUUGCUCCGCCGGUGUCGGUCGCUCGGGCACCAUCAUCGCCCUCGACUAUAUUUGCCGCCUCCUCGAAACAAACAAGCACGCCGACCUGAACCUUGUCAUUGAAGAAAUUCGCCGCGACCGCGUCGCCCUCGUCCAACACCCCCAGCAAUACGAACUCGCCCACGCCGGCGCCAUCCUCUAUGCCCAAUACGUUCAGGCCAACUUGGACGUUGACGAACGUGCCAUCAACGCCCCUUUCCUACUCCAGGCUACGCCACAAGGAAGCGCAGACGCCAUGAGCGUCAAGGGCAUUUCCCCUAGCCCUGCGCCCGCUGCAGCUGAUGAUGACGACCUUGACGACAACGCCGUUGACGAUGACGGCGUUUAUGGAGCCCCCGUCAACGCCGCCGCCGCUACCGCGUCAUCCGCUCCCGUAGCCCCGGCUGCCUCUGCUGAAAGCAGCUAUGGCGCCCCCGUGCCCAGUUCCGCCACCCAGGCAUCCUCACCCUACGGCGCCCCGGUCACCACGGCUGCUGGGAACCCUGACGAUAACCUGGUCUAUGGCGCCCCCGUACAAGGCAGUGCGACUGGCGCGACGGCCUCAGGAAUGCCACCAGCAAAUGCCGGCAUGCCUGCCUCGGAUGAUCUCGUCUACGGUGCUCCCGUCCAAAGCUCUGCUGCCGCCGGCGCUGAGCCGGCCGAAUACUCCGUCAUGACCGGCACCGUGGUGGCACAGAUGAUUAGCACCUACGAGUCGGCUGACGACCCCACCCGCGUUCCCGAGGGAGCCGUCCGCACCCCCGUUACCCAACCCAACAACUUGAUUUAUGGUGAUGAAGGCUCCGCCGCGGCUGCCACAACCCCCGCCCCCACCGCCACGAGCCAACCCACCUAUGGCAACGACGACCCCGCUGCCAACCCUGAACAAAUGGAAGAAAUCUACGGCAACGAUAACCCAGCCAACAAUCCCGAACAAAUGGAAGAGAUUUAUGGCAACGACAUUCCCGCCAAUAACCCCGAACAAAUGGAAGACAUUUACGGCACUGCCGACGCCCCCACUGCCGUGCAAGGAGCGUCCCCCAAGGGCACGGUCCCCGAAGGAGAUGAUGGCUACGGAUUUUUUGCCGGUGGCACCACCGACGAGCCAGACCGCGCCUCACCCAACAGUAAGCGACAACAAAAGGAAAGCCAGGCCGCCUUGCUUCAAGCUGAACGGGAACAGCUCGAGGCCAUGAUCCGCCGUUGCAAACAGUCCAAGUCCGAGGCUGAGCGCAAUGCCAAAGCCAUCAAGCAACGCAUGCAAGCCAAGGAGGAAGAGAUCCGCGACCUCACCGAGCGCAUCAACCACGCUCAAUCCUCCCAGCUUGCCAUGCGUGAGGAGCUCAUGCGCCAGAAAAUGGAAGGCCGUGCCCAAGUUGUCGUACAGGCUUUGGGUCUGACGCCAUCGACAUCGGCUGCGAAGGAGCGACAAGCCAAGCUAAUGAUGAUGUGUCUCAGCCCUGCCAAGAGUGGUGGCCGCGUAGCUACUGCCGGGCCCCGCACGAUUGUCAGCGACAAGAAGGCCAACGAAGCAGCCAAGGAGGCAGCUGCUGAUGAGUUGACCCUGCUGAGCGCCGCUGCUAUUGCCUACCGAGUCUAGAAUACCAUGGGCACCCGGAUUGGCUCUCGGCUGCUGCAAUUGCUUUGUUCGAUCGUGUGACCGUUUUUUAUAACUUUUUAUGCAAGUUCCAGGAUUUUUAGUUUUGUGUCUGUUGGUUUCACACGUCAGCCCCUCUUGGUUGCUUCGUGAGCACGUCUGUUCUUCGUUAUUCAAGUCUGUUGUCCUCUUGCCCCAUGUCCACGACACAAAGCCACGGAAGGUGGUUCUUACCUUCUGCUCUCUUCUCUUUUGACCACUCACUCACUUGCUCACGCUCCUCGCGCGCACACACUCACACACGUGGCGCGCGGUCAAUUAAAUGCCGUAAUCGGAUGACAACGUUUGCAAAGACACAGAUCUUCUGACCAAAAUCAAAAGGGGCUUUGCAAUUUCCAGCCUUCUACAUCCCAAACAAGAGAAUAAACCUGGUCGCAGUCCUCUGCUAGCGCUUGGCGCUCAGUUAUGUUGGUGAGGAGCGCCCCUGAAGCACACUUUGGAAGGAUGGAUCCUUUCAGCGGCAUUUGGGGCACGUGCAAUUGCCCAGGUAGGUGCACGAGUCGUUGCUGUCAUACUCGGCCGACAAGUUUUGCUGCUGGCGCUGUUGAGCCUCUCGUCUCGAUUGCUCAAAGACGGAUGGCGGGGCAGCCGACAAACUAGGAUCCGCCCGAGCACCGUUAGCAGCACUGCGCCGCGCCGCAGCCGCUGUAG